ACCGCGCAGUCGGAACUAACCAUCCCAAGCACCCAACCAGAAACUCCCAUAAUACACCAAACAGGUGCGGUGCCCGGCAGCAGCAGCAGCAGAGCGCCAGAGCGGGCGCGCGUGCAGCGUGCAGCGGCCGACCACCACCACCACCCAUGUCGUCCAGCAAGCAGGACGCGAUCAGCGAGGUGGAGUCGGCGCCGCCGACUCCGCGCCCGCCGACGACGCCGCCGGUGGUGUCGACCCCGCCGUCGCAGAUACACUCCCCGCGGGGGCCCGCCAGCGGCGGGCGGUCGCCGCUGCACGCCAUGGCGUCCCCGCUGCGCGCCAUGGCGUCGCCGCUUCGCGCCAUGGCGACGCCGCUCGCCAGCCCCGUGAGGAAGGCGGUGGCGGGCGUGAAGGCGGUGGGCAACAUCACGCGGCUCGCGGACCCGCGCGACGCCUGGCUGCCCAUCACCGAGUCCCGGAGCGGCAACGCCUACUACGCCGCGUUCCACAACCUCAGCUCCGGGAUCGGGUUCCAGGCGCUCGUGCUCCCCGUGGCCUUCGCCUCCCUGGGAUGGACGUGGGCGAUCAUCUGCCUCACCCUGGCGUUCGGCUGGCAGCUCUACACGCUGUGGCUCCUCGUCAGGCUCCACGAGCCUGUCGCCGGCGCCGCCCGCUACAGCCGGUACAUGCACCUCGCCAACACCGUGUUCGGCGAGAGAUGGGCCAAGAUCCUGGCGCUGUUCCCGGUGAUGUACCUGUCGGCGGGGAUCUGCACGGCGCUCAUCAUCGUGGGCGGCGGCAGCAUGAAGAGUCUGUUCAGCCUGGCGUGCGGCGAGUCGUGCCUGGCGCACAACCUCACCACCGUGGAGUGGUACCUCGUCUUCAUCUGCGCGGCCGUGCUGCUGUCCCAGCUCCCCAACCUCAACUCCAUCGCCGGCGUGUCACUGGUGGGCGCCACGGCCGCCGUCGCCUACUGCACCAUGAUCUGGGUCGUGUCCGUGUCCAAGGGCAGGGUGGCCGGCGUGUCCUACGACCCCGUCAAGUCCAACAACGACGUGGACGCCGCACUUAGCAUCCUCAAUGGCCUCGGAAUCAUUGCCUUCGCUUUCAGGGGCCACAAUGUCGUGCUGGAGAUUCAGGGCACGAUGCCGUCGACUCUGAAACAUCCUUCUCAUGUGCCCAUGUGGAAAGGCGUUAAGGUAGCAUACGGCAUCAUCGCGCUCUGCCUGUACCCCAUUGCCAUUGGUGGCUUCUGGGCUUAUGGCAACCAGAUACCUUCAGGUGGCAUCCUGACCGCGCUGUACCAGUUCCACAGCCGCGACGUGUCGAGGCUAGUGCUGGGGACGACCACGCUGCUGGUGAUCAUCAACUGCCUGACGACGUACCAGAUCUACGCCAUGCCGGUGUACGACAACAUGGAGGCCGGGUACGUGCACAAGAAGAACCGGCCGUGCCCCUGGUGGCUGCGCUCGGGCUUCCGCGCCUUCUUCGGCGGCAUCAACUUCCUCAUCGCCGUCGCGCUGCCGUUCCUGUCGCAGCUCGCGGGCCUCAUGGGGGGCAUCUCGCUGCCCAUCACACUGGCGUACCCGUGCUUCAUGUGGGUGGCCAUCAAGAAGCCCCGGAAGGGCACCGCGACGUGGAACGUCAACUGGGCGCUGGGAAUCCUCGGCAUGGCCAUCAGCGUCGUCCUCAUAGUCGGAAACCUCUGGGGUCUCGUGCAGACAGGCUUGCGGCUCAACUUCUUCAAGCCUGACAAUAUGCAGUGAAAAAAUUAAUUAAGAUGCAGAUUUGUCAGUUGGACACGUAAUGCAAUGCUUUUUUUUUAAAUAUAUAUGUUGAUUUCUUCGUCAGGAAUGUGUAAUGUUCUGUACCUUGACAAUUUGCAUAAGCAAAGUCGAGUCAAGGUACUCGUGGUCGUGCCUCGUGCUAUUGACCCAUUGCGCACCGAUUCUUUUUUUUUCUUUAUUUAUUAGCUAUAUAGUAUACAUUUUAUUCUGUCCCAUCUUUAUACACCUCGUGAGAAGGGAACAUGAUUAUAAUAAAUAAACAAAGUGGAACAGAAGCA